AUGGACGAGUCUGAAGUGUUGAGGAAAAUCUUCACCGACUAUCAUCCAGGCAUUCGUCCCAAACUACAGCCUGACUACAUCACAAACGUCACUAUACGUAUAGUCAUUACGUCCAAAAGCGACCUUAUCUCGUCCGAACGACGUAUGGUAGUGCUAAACUCUGAUGGUUCCAUUCUUCAGUCUUCUCCUCAGGUUGUCUCACAUCCAUGUGAAAUCGACGUCGUUGACUUUCCUUACGACACUCAAACUUGCCGAUUAGCUCUCGGCUCAUGGCAAUACGAUACAGGCUCUUUGCAGAUCCAAACUACUGACGACAAUUACGAUUUUUCCGAAGAUAUCACCGGCAACAGCGAAUGGAAGUUAGAGGGCUUGUCGUCCAAAUUGACCCUCGAUGCUACGUAUGAAGAAGCUGACUUUCAAGUGGUGAGUUGA